GGGGCGGGGCCUGAGUGCGCCUGCGCGGUCCGCUCUACUCAGGGAGGCGGAGGCGACGCGCUGCAGGAAAGAUGGAAGACUACCAGGCUGCCGAGGAGACUGCUUUUGUUGUGGAUGAAGUGAGCAACAUUGUAAAAGAGGCUAUAGAAAGUGCGAUCGGCGGUAACGCUUACCAGCACAGCAAAGUCAACCAGUGGACCACAAAUGUAGUAGAACAAACUUUAAGCCAACUCACCAAGCUGGGAAAACCAUUUAAAUACAUUGUGACCUGUGUAAUUAUGCAGAAGAAUGGAGCUGGACUACACACGGCAAGUUCCUGCUUCUGGGACAGCUCUACUGAUGGGAGCUGUACCGUGCGAUGGGAGAACAAGACCAUGUACUGCAUCGUCAGCGCCUUUGGACUGUCCAUUUGACCUCCUUGUCCAGCCUGUGACCUUUCGCUCUGUCUCAGCGUUUCUUUUCCAUCUUCUAACCGCCAACCACGAAUUCAAAUGAACACCUUUCUCAUUCUUAAGUGUGUGUUUUGUGGCACUCUCAAAAUAUAGAGAAAAAACCAAAUGACUGCACUGUUAGAUGAACUGUACACCGUAAGUCAAAUGAAUAGUUUGCAGUGCGUAGUCUGAAGCCUGUAUUGCCACUUGUCUUAACUCUGAAUAUUUCUUUUCAAAGGUGCUAAAAACUGAAAUCUGCUAAUGUGAAACUUGCUCUACUCUCUGAAAUGAUUCAAAUACACUAAUUUUCCAUACUUUAUACUUUUGUUAGAAUAAAUUAUUCAGAU